AGUCCUCACGAGGCAGUGUGACCGAUCAGUCAUGUCGCGCCCUGACGUCUUCGGUGCUGCCAAGAAGGAGCGUGUGUCCAGGCUGACUUUUGGACCCAAUGUGGAAGCACUGGUGCAAAAGUGCGGCGCCGCGGCUCACCUUGUUCCGGAUACCCUUCUACUGACACUAGAUUUGCUCCAUAAUGUGUUCCCCGGAAGACUGGCCAAUACCGCGUCUCUGGAGCUUGAUGACGGCGUCUACGAAAUGGUUGCCGAGCCUUUGAUGGCGGCGUUGCAGGAGAUCAGUGCAGCAACUGCCUCCGCCCGGUGUCCCCACUGCCAGCCCAGUCAGCCCCUCAAGUUUGUGAACUGCUUCAGAACAGGGAGCAUGGCGGAAGGCGUGGGAGACGGCAGAGUAGACUCGGGGGGCACGUCGGACUUCGAUAUCAUGUUGGAGUUCGACGGCCCCUUCCGCUGGGCGACAACCGCGGAGAAGCCGGCCGACAUCGAGCCACAGUCCGCGCCGCAGCUGUGGGCCCGGCCGACCAGCAAAACUGGCUUUGUGACGCUGCACUGGGUGCAAACAACGCAAUGCAGCCACGAGGAGCCGCUGGAGGCCCUGUCGGCCACGUCUAUGCGCAAGUUCAUGCUAGAGCUGUGCCAGGCCUUAGAGGACGGUAACAUCAAUCCCACUGGUCCAGCCGUCAACAUCACGCGGGAGGCGGAUGUUACAGACGGUGGCACCGACUUCGUCUUUUGCUUCUACGUCCGCGGAUGGUGGCCUUCGCCUGACUGGUCUGACGGUUCCCACGGGGAAGCAGGAUUCCUCCCGGCGGCAGCACGAAAGGACAUCCGACAGUUUGGGGUACACUUGGUGCCCACCGGCUGGCCAGGAAGUGAUACUGAGCUCAUCGAAUAUCGGAUAUCCCUGUCACGAGCGGAGGUCAUCGCUGCUAACUAUCUGUAUCCGGUGCAGCGAAGCACAAUCAAAGCUGUGAAAGGUAUGAAGCAGUUGAUGAAAGAGAAAGGGAUGCCAGUUGAAGGCUUGAAGUCCUACUAUAUUAAAACAGCGGUCCUUUGGCUGGCACAGGACGGCACCUGCCCCUGGACGAGCAUCACCGAAGGCGUGUGCUACGUCCUGGACUGGAUUGAGCAACAUCUCAACGCCCGCGAGAUGCCCUGCUUCUUUUACAAAGAAAUCAACGUGGUGGCUGAACUCAUCUCAGAUCAAAACAAGCUGCAGAAAGUCAUAGACUCAAUAAGUCUAAUGAGGAACAAUGCCACACAUCUUCUCGUGGAGCAUUGUAUGAGAGAAUCGUCACAGACCAUGCUGCUGAGAGUACUGCUGGUAGGUGGAGCAGAGCCGCUCUCAGAGCGCCAUCUGCGUCACCGACUGGGACGCUUUCUCAUACGAUCAGCUGUGCACCAGGGAAUCACGUUCAGGCAGGAGGCUCCGUGCUGGAACGCGUGGUGGAAGUAUGUCAUCCCUCGCCUAGUCCGCGGGGCUCCGCAUCUCCUUCCGAGCUGGCACUACAUGAAGUCGGCAACGUACCGCCAGCAGUGCCACCUGUUCAUGGCGUGGAGUGUGAUCGACCCGGAGGACCUGGCGAGAGAGGUGGGAGAGACAUCACAGAACGUCGACCUCUUCACGCUGGAUGUAACUACGCUGACGCGGCUACUCAUCCCGACUGACAUACACAACUUGGUGAUAGCUCCUACCCCGGUGGCGGAGUGGUGUGGUUGGCAGCUGCAGCUGCCGCCGGCGGAGCGGCCGGCCGGCCUGACCGCCGAGCUGGACACGCCGCGGGGCCGGGCCGAGCUGCUGCUGCGGCCCGAGCUGCUGCUGCGGGCCAUCAGAGAAGCUAUACCGGGGGCGAUGAUAAUGUGGAAGGUGAUUGAUGACAUGAUGGAGAAGAACUGGACGCAAAACUACCUUCCGCAACCUAGCUACCAGUGGCUUCGGGAGACGUUAGCGCAGCACCUCAGCUGUGACCUGCAGUACAACCUACGUGUCAAGGUACAACCAGAGAUGGACGGCCCGACGGUGGUCGCCACGGCCGGCCUCUGGCGCCGGCGGCUGCAGCAGCUGCUGUCCGGUGACCGGCUGCGUAAAGCGUACGACGCUGCCGUCAGCCGGUGGCCGGACCGUUGGCAGCUUGUUCCUCGCUACCUGACGGAGGACAAGACAGGUAAACAGGACUCAUCGGGGCUUGCCCAGGACAGAGAAAUCGAAAAAGGAGAGCAGCGCAACGAAGAAGAAGAGCAGCCAUCAGAAGGUCUUCCUCACCCAAAGAAGUGGCAGCUGCUUGAGACAAAGCACCGACGGCAAUGGCAGGACCUGGAGCAGCAGCAUCACCAGCUACUGCAGCAGCUGGAAAGGUCAGAUCAUGGAGAAAAGCGAAGCUUACUGCACCGACACAGCGAGGAGCUACGCUGUUUGGGGCUGAGGCAUUAUGAAGAGUGUCAGAGUCUGCAAAAGAUUCACCGUGACGAGCGGGUAGAACUGCAUCGAAGAAACGAAGAAGAUGGCCAGAGACGAUGGGAAGAGCUGGAUCGCCGCCAACAACUACAGUGGGAAGGUCUUCUGCAAGGACAGAAGCUGCAGUGGGGAGAGAUGAUGCAGAGCCACGAAAGAGAGUCACAAGAGCUGGAGGAGAGGUACCCAGACCUCCGAUCAGGGGAGGAGUUGGAUCGGCUGCUGGAGGAGUGCAGCAGCAGACGUCAGCAGCUGGGGGAAAGGCUGCAGGGAGAGCUGGAGAGGGAUGUCAAAAAGGAGAUCGAAAGGACACAGAAGGAAAUGCUCGAAAAGAAAAAGAAGCUGAAGAAGAAGGAGAAAAGGAAACAGAAAAAGCAGGCGAAGAAACAAAUGGAGAAUGAUGUGAAGGAGAUGAAGAAACAGCAGAAGAGGAAACGAAGACGGGCGAAGAGGGAACGAGGGCCAACGAAAGGAGGAUGAUGAAGUAUAAAUAAAGGAUACUGUAAUGGAACUUAUAGGAAUGUUUCAAAGAAGCGGCAGACUUUUGACGUAGGCGAAUGACAGGUUCCAAUAUAAUGUGAUGAAAAAACGCUGUAAGCAAUCAUCUGCACUGUAUGUAACUCGCAUUUUAUGCCGCUUGGCUGCACGGCAAUUGUAUGUUUAUUGCUAUUUUAGAUGACAGGAGAAAUUUGAAAAAAGACAAUGCAAAUUUGACUAUAUAUGAAAAACCGGGUGAAUGUGUUGACCGAUACAUUGCAAUUGAUUAUUAAACAACCCUGUGACUAUCUGAUUGAUGGCCGAGCAUUAUGUAUUGUAUUGUUUUUUAUCAUCGCAUUAACGACAUGGACCACCUCCAUUCUCACAUUGGCCAGUCAAAGUCUAAGGUCAGGACAUGUCACAGCUGGUAGUUUGAGACGCUGCCUACACACUACCUACUUGAUGAUGAACCUGCUGAACAAGUUGACGCUGAAUGAAGGGAUGCAUGACAAACACGGUGGUGGUUAAAAAUAAAACUUUUUAGAUGUGUUGUA